AGAAAAGAAGCGCCAGUAUCGCUGUGUGAACUCAAGCUAAAGAUUAUCGACACUGAGUUUGUUCACUUAAUAAUCUAUGAAAUUGACACAUUGAUAUGUUUUCGCCAACAUGUCUGUGCUGAAGCCGUUUAGUAAACUGCCCGGGCUGAAAACAGCAACUAUUCUGCUGGUGGAGCGCGAGGAGCAGUUUCAGCAGAGUUUAGCUGAUGCUCUUGUGGAGGAGACUGGUGUCACCGUGAAUGUGAGACUAGCCAAGAGUCUGCCUCUACCAGUGGAGAACGAGGAGAGUCGACCAAGGAUAGAUCUGGUGGUGUUUAUCAUCAACUUGACUUCAGAGCUGAGUUUUCAGUCAGCUGAAGCCUCCCUGAAGUAUUUGGACGCUGGAUAUUUCCUAGGAAAAGUCUGCUUCAUGGUGACCAAUGCUCGUAACACUUUGGUCCCCACCAACCGCCUGGACGGAGUCAGAAAACUGGCCGCAUCACUCCAAUGCCCUCUGCUGUUUGCAGAGGAUCAGACUCCAGAUGGUGUGAGCAAUGCGACAGAGAGGCUGCUGGCCAUCCUGAAGGUGGCAGCCGGCCUUGUUCCCAUGGCUACUGCUCUGUACCUGUCCAACCUGACGCGCUGCACCGUGCCCCCAGACAUCGACCAACCAAGCUUUGAUUAGUCCCACCGCUCUGCCUUUCCGCAGAUAUUUAUUUAUAGUACCCUCAGCAAAUGGACUUGCCAACCUGAAAAUGCAGUGGCAUUGUGUUUUUGGAUGUUUCUUUUAAAUCACAUGUUGUACCUGAUGUGAUAUUUGGGGUUUUCAAACAUUAUAUCCUGUACUCUGUAUCUGAAGCCUCUGCAAACAAGUGGUGUAACAUCAACUUGCCUUAAACAGGCCAGUGAGCUUCCUCACAUGUUCAAUGUGUACUUCAGCAAAUGAUGACAAAAUCUCAGCUCUGUUUAUGGUCAUGGAAAAAAUUAUUAGACCACCCCUUAUUUUCUUCAAUUUCUUGUUCAUUUUAAUGCCUGGUACAACUAAAGGUACUUUUGUUUGGACAAAUAUAAUGACAACAACGAAAAUAGCUC